UAUGUUACAUACACAGAUCCACUUCCAGCAGCUGAGAAGUUUUGUGACUUCACAUUUGGAACACAGACGUGAAGCUGAAAAUGAAUUUGCUGCUGACACUCGCACUAUUUGGAACGCUUGCUUGGGCUUUGCCCAUAGGUCAGGAAACCGAGAGAAUUUCAAAAAAGGACAGGGAACUUGCUGAGAAAUACAUACAGCAUUAUUAUCCUGAAUCGGAUUCAACACCUGUGAUAAAAAGCAAAGCCAAGAAUGGCAUUGCUCCAGAAAAAAUACGGCAGAUGCAAGAUUUCUUGGGGUUGAAAGUGACUGGAAAAUUGGAUGCGAGCACUUUGGAUGCUAUUAAAAAACCCAGGUGUGGCAUUGCUGAUAUAGGAGAAUACAACACUUUUCCUGGUUCACCUAAAUGGGCAAAGAAAGAACUGACAUACAGGAUUCUAAACUAUACCCCUGACAUGGAAUCCCGUUAUGUAGACUAUGCAAUUGAGAAAGCUUGGAAGGUGUGGAGUGACGUGACUCCCUUGACUUUCACCAGGGUUUAUAGGAAACCUGCCGACAUUGAAAUCUCUUUUGUUAACAGAGCACACGGAGAUGCUUUUCCUUUUGAUGGACAAGGUGGAAAUUUGGCCCAUGCCUUUUCACCUGCUUUUGGUGGAGAUGCCCAUUUUGAUGAAGAUGAAUUCUGGGCAAAAGAUUUGAAAGGAACUAACCUUUUUCUGGUAGCUGCCCAUGAGUUUGGCCACUCAUUAGGGCUUCAACAUUCCAGUGAUUUGGGGGCUCUGAUGUUUCCAAUCUACCAACCAAUGGAUCCCAAAGCCCUAAGACUUCACCGUGAUGAUAUUGCAGGUAUCCAGAGCCUUUAUGGAGCCCCUGGAGAUGAUGAUUAUAAUGACAGUUCAUUGGGAAACCCUACAGCUGCCCCAACAGAAGUACCGUCAACAGAACCCUGCCACCCUGACCAAGCUUUCGAUGCUGUGACUUCGCUUAGAGGAGAAACCAUAUUCUUUAAAGACAGUUUCUUCUGGCGAAAGAAUCCCCUCCGAAAUGCAAUUGAGAAAGAUCCCAUUUCUGCUUUCUGGCCAGCUUUGAGCACCGGCCUAGAUGCUGCGUAUGAAAACAGAGACAAGGACAUCGUCUUUCUUUUUAAGGGACAAAAGUAUUGGUCUUCCAAGGGAAAUAUUAUAGAGCAUGGGUUCCCAAGGAACAUCCAGAGUCUGGGCUUCCCACACACCAUUAAAAAAGUUGAUGCAGCGACUUAUGACAGUAAUUCAAAGAAAACAUACUUCUUUUCUGGUGACCAUUAUUGGAGGUAUGAUGAUGAAAAGAACUCCAUGGAGCAAGGAUAUCCAAGAAAAAUAAUAGAUGACUUCCAUAACAUUCGCUCCAAGGUGGAUGCUGCUUUUAUAGAUAAUGGGCACUUCUAUUUAUUCAGUGGUCCAAAGCAGUAUGAAUUUGACUCUGCAACCAAAAGAUUUCUGGGCAUGAAGAAGAGUAAUAGCUGGCUGGGUUGCCAGUGAUAUGGCAGGAAGAAGACAAAAGAGCCAAGAAUGGUGGGAUCCAUUCAUCCUAGUUCUCAAGAACUAGCUAAUGUUGUCAGUUAAUGGUGAUUACUUGGUGUAUUUACUGCUUUUGAGCCAUGAAAACACCAUAAUGAUGUUUUCAUAAGGGAGAAUUUCAAGGCUGAAUUUAAUUUAAUGUAACUUAUUAUAAUGUAUUAUUUGUUAAAGUUUUUGUUAUUAAAAAUGUUUUUCUCAAUAAAA